GAAGAGAGUUGAAUAUAUAAACCCCUCGGCGACACAUUCCUGAUUCCUCUCUCAUAAGUUAAGCGCCAAAAAGCAACCAUGAAGCCUGUCGCUUCACGUUUCUUCUUCCCAUUUCUUCUCCAAAUUUCAGUUCUCAUUCUUCGAAUUUCUCUCUGUAAUUCGAGCUAUCUAAUCUAUGGCGAAGCGCUCUCUAAAUCAAUCCUGUUUUUCGAAGGCCAGCGCUCCGGUUACCUCCCCAACGACCAGAGAAUGAACUGGCGGGGGCAUUCUGGACUCGGAGACGGUUCAACCGUCAAUGCCGACCUCACCGGCGGGUACUACGACGCCGGAGAUAACGUGAAGUUUGGUUUUCCGAUGGCGUUCACGACGACGAUGCUGGCGUGGAGUGUGAUUGAAUUUGGAGAGAUGAUGCCGCCGACGGAGUUAAGGAAUGCGUUGGUGGCGAUUAGGUGGUCCACUGAUUAUUUGCUGAAGACGGUGGCGCAACCGGAUCGGAUUGUUGUUCAGAUAGGUGAGCCGAUGAAUGACCAUAACUGUUGGGAAAGGCCAGAGGACAUGGACACGGCUCGAACCGUGUACACCGUGAGUGCACCGAACCCAGCCUCAGAUGUAGCCGGGGAGACCGCAGCGGCUCUAGCCGCUUCAUCCAUGGCUUUCCGGUCUUCUGAUCCAGGCUAUUCAGACACACUUUUAAGAACAGCCACAAGAGUUUUUGAAUUUGCCGAUACUUACAGAGGAGCUUACAGUGAUAAUUCAGACAUUAGGGAAGCUGCUUGCCCUUAUUACUGUGAUUUUGAUGGUUAUCAGGAUGAGUUAUUAUGGGGAGCGGCAUGGUUAAGAAGAGCAUCUAGAGUUGAAAACUACUUGGAUUACAUACAAAACAAUGGUAAAACACUUGGUGCUGAUGAAAAUAUUAAUGAGUUUGGAUGGGACAAUAAACACGCUGGCCUAAAUGUUCUUGUUUCCAAGGAAGUUGUGGAAGACAAUUUGUAUAACCUCCAAUCAUACAAAGCAUCUGCGGAUAGCUUCAUGUGCACGUUGAUACCCGACUCGUCUUACUCUCACAUGGAAUACACUCCGGGAGGCUUAAUCUUCCGACCCGGUGGAAGCAAUUUACAACAUUCAACCACAAUCACAUUCUUACUGUUAGUUUACGCAAAAUACCUACAACAAUCAUCAACAUCAAUAAAUUGUGGUUCCGUAAGUGUGGGGCCCACAUUCCUUCGCCAGAUGGCCAAACGCCAGGUGGAUUACAUCCUCGGGGAAAACCCUAACGGAAUGUCGUAUAUGGUCGGGUAUAGUGAUAGGUACCCGCAACGGAUUCAUCACCGCGGGUCGUCCCUGCCGUCUGUUAGGGACCACCCGCAGUUCAUUGGGUGUAAAGAAGGAUCGGUUUAUUUUAACUCGUCGGGCCCGAAUCCCAAUGUUUUGGUUGGAGCUGUGGUGGGUGGGCCCGGUGAGGAUGAUGUGUAUGAUGAUGAUAGGGCGGAUUUUAGAAAAUCCGAGCCUACGACUUACAUUAAUGCACCGUUUGUUGGUGUGUUGGCGUAUUUUUCGGCUAACCCUAACCCUAGUUAGUGGAUUGAGAGUUUUGAUUGGUAUGGAGUAUAUUGAUGUUUUGGGUUUUAGGGAAGAAAGUCUCUCAUCUUGUGCUAAGCCAAGAAGGAAGAGAUAGGUUUGAACAUGUUUUUAAGUACAAUGUUUGGGUGGUAAUUUUAUUUGAAGUUAAAUGGUUGUUUAUGCAAUUGAUGUUUAUAUAUGUUUUUAGUUUAUGUAACAAAAGAGUAAUACUUAAAUGAAAU